AUGUCCAACAGCAGCUCCAUCAGCGAGUUCCUCCUCCUGCCAUUCGCAGACACGCGGGAGCUGCAGCUCCUGCACUUCGCGCUCUUCCUGGGCAUCUACCUGGCUGCCCUCCUGGGCAACGGCCUCAUCCUCACCGCCGUAGCCUGCGACCACCGCCUCCACACCCCCAUGUACUUCUUCCUCCUCAACCUCGCCCUGAUUGACCUGGGCUGCAUCUCCACCACUGUCCCCAAAGCCAUGGCCAAUUCCCUCUGGGACACCAGGGCCAUUUCCUAUGCAGGAUGUGCUGCCCAGGUCUUUGCAUUUGUCUUCUUGAUAUCAGCAGAGUUUUUUCUUCUCACUGUCAUGUCCUAUGACCGCUACGUUGCCAUCUGCAAGCCCCUGCACUAUGGGAGCCUCCUGGGCAGCAGAGCUUGUGCCCAGAUGGCAGCUGCUGCCUGGGGCAGUGGGGUUCUCUAUGCUCUGCUGCACACUGCCAAUACAUUUUCCCUGCCGCUCUGCCAAGGCAAUGCUGUGGACCAGUUCUUCUGCGAAAUCCCCCAGAUCCUCAAGCUCUCCUGCACUAACUCCUACCUCAGGGAAGCUGGGCUUCUCAUGUUCACGUCCUUUUUGGGUUUUGGAUGCUUUGUUUUCAUUGUUUUUUCCUACGUGCAGAUCUUCAUGGCAGUGCCGAGGAUGCCCUCUGAGCAGGGACAGCACAAAGCCUUUUCCACGUGCCUCCCUCACCUGGCCGUGGUCUCACUCUUUUUCAGCACUGUCAUAUUUGCCUACCUGAAGCCCCACUCCAUCUCCUCCCCAAACCUGAACCUGGCGGCGGCAGUUCUGUACUCCAUGCUGCCUCCAGUAGCGAACCCCUUCAUCUACAGCAUGAGGAACCAGGAUCUCAAGGAUUCAAUAUGGAAAAUGUUGAUUGGGUUUUUAUCUGUGGCCACAGACUGUCUACCUUCUUCUGCAAAUGACUCCCACUGUAUGUCACGACAGGCACUCUUGCCUUUCUGCUUGGUGUUUGUUGGUUUGUUCGGUUGUUUUUCCCUUGUGUCCUUGUGA